AUGGCCGACCCUGUUAUCGGUGCCACAAUUCAGGUCACAUUGGAAACGGCACUGUCUCUUGCCUCUGAUAGGAUUGGUAUGUUAGUUGGGUUCAAGAAGGAUCUGGCCAGCAUGACUCGAUCUCUUCGGUUUAUCAAUGCUCGCUUGUCUGAUGCUGAGGAAAAGCAACAAAACCAGGACCGGGUAGUGCAUGAAUGGUUGAAGUGUCUCGAGGAGGUGGCUUAUGAUGCUCAGAAUGUGUUGGAUGAGCUCCACUAUGAAUCUCUUCGUCACCAGGUGGAGUCCCGAAACCGACACAAGCUCAAGUCAGUCGUGCCUGCUGCCCUCCCUGCUGCUCCUGCUGUUGGAGGCACGAGAGGUCGGCAGACCGACUCUGUUGUUGCUCCAAUGGUUGGAAGAGCCGAUGAUGAAUCAGAGAUAGUGAAGAUUUUGUUGAGCCUGUCUGAGAAGGUUGUUUCUGUUCUUCCCAAAGUUGGUAUGGGAGGUUUAGGCAAAACAACUUUGGCUAAAUCCAUAUACAACAACAAGCAAAUUGAUGAACACUUUGACAUAAAGAUUUGGGUUUGUGUAUCGAAAAAAGUUCCAAUAGAGGAGCUUUUCAAACUCAUAUUAGUGCAUUUGACGAAAGAAAAGGUUGAAGUGGAUCUUAGGGACGUCAUCGUUGAAAAAAUUGGGAACAACCCAGGGGGAAAAAGAUAUCUCCUAGUCCUUGAUGAUGUGUGGAAUGAUGAUCAAGCAUUGUGGGAGGACUUUUUCAACACCUUGAAGGGGCUCAAUCCAACCAAUGGAAGCUGGUGUUUGGUCACUACUCGUCCAGGUCCAGUGGCGCAGUGUGUGUCUAGAGUUUUCAUGAUGGAAAAUGAAGCCUAUCGAUUAGGAAAACUACCUGAUGCGACUGCCGAGGUGAAGGUCCGAACUGGCCUCGUGAUCGGGGAUCGAGCUGGUCAAGCGUCCGACCUGCACGGAAAUGAGCUGCGGGGCUGA